AUGGGAAGUUGGAAUGGCGAAAUUUGGAGGUGGAAUUUUGGAACAUUUGGUGAGACCGAGGAUGGGACAGCCGCGGCGCAAUUGAAUCAACUUGUAAUUCUUCUCGCUUCGGUUCAACCUUGUCGUUUGAUAGAAGACUCUUUUGUGUGGUGGCGUAACCCUUCCGGUUUCACGGUAAGUAACGCUUAUGAUACCAUUUUGUUACUUGACUUACCGCACCCUCCGUUGGAGAACUCUCUUUCUUCUAUUUUCUCUUGUUUAUGGAAGACUAAGGUUCCUAGUAGAAUUCAUCUUUUCGGUUGGAGAUUGAUUUGGAAUAGACUACCUACGAAAGCGGAGUUGGCGAAGCGGGGAAUCUUAGUAGAGGCACAAUUGUUGAAGUGCCCUUUAUGUAAUCGGGUCGAUGAGGAUUUAGACCAUUUGUUUCUUCAUUGUCAUUAUACUAGAACUUGGUGGACCGAGUUAUAUAGUUGGCUUGGUAUUGAUGAGGUGCCGUUGGUAGGAACAAUUUUGGAGCGGCUUUCUUCUUUAGAUUCAAUUUGUAAGUCUUCUUUCCAUAUGGAAAUAGGUUGGUUCUUUGGUUUGACUUUUUGUUGGGUUGUUUGGAAGUGUAGGAAUGCAAUCAUUUUUGAGGAAAUUUGUUUGGCAUCCUUUGAUGGGGUAGGAUUGUUCAAGCUCAUAUCUUGGGAAUGGUUUUUGAUUUUUUUUAAAGAAAAAGCUAGUUGUUCUUGGCCGGAUUGGUGUGUCGAUCCGAGACCUUUUCUUAAUUGA